AUGAAACCUGGCACAGCCCCCGGAUCUGAUUUGAUAUCAGCAGACUUUCUUCGGGUUGGUGGCCAUCCACUUCAUGUAAUCUUAGUAGCGCACAUGACGUCUUGCCUUCAGAAAGAAAGGAACCUAGGCCAGCGAAAGACCUCGCGAACCGUUCUUAUCCACAAGAAAGUUGACCGAGAGGACCUUCGGAACUACCGUCCGAUAUGCUUGCUGAGCGUGUUAUGCAUAGUAUUCACCAAGAUCAUCAUCACGCGUAUAUCUAGGACACUAGAUGAAGCGCAGCAUCAAGAAGAAGCUGAAUUUCGUCAGAGGUUCAGCUGCAUGAAUCUAAUCCAGACCGUGUCGAGGGUCAUAGAGGCUUGCCGGGAUACCGCCUGUCCUUUGUUCUAA